AUGACUAUUGAUCUUGCGAGCCCUUUGGCUUAUACACCUGCUGAGACGGCGGAACUUAUUUGUCGAGCUGGUGUGAAGAAGGGAAGAUCGAGACCAGAUAAGGUGUUGUUGUCUGGUAUCUCUGGUGGAUGCAUUCUUGCAUUUGGAUGUGCUGUUUCUUUGACAGCAUUGACGGCACCAUGGUAUCAGGAGAAUGCACCAGGCCUCAUCAAACUCAUCGGAGCCAUCGUCUUUCCUUUGGGAUUGGUCACUGUGAUAUUGACGGGUGCUGAUCUAUUUACGUCAACGAAUCUGUUCACCUUUGUUGCCGUCCUCAAUGGAAGAUUAUCGAUAUGGAGGAUGUUGCUUCACUGGUUCCUCUGUUUCUUCGGAAACUUAGGUGGAUGUCUCUUUGUCAUGGCCAUUAUCGUCGGAUACGGAGGAAUCUUUGACUCAGAUCCAUACCGCGAAGAAAUUAUCGCCUUCACUACUAAGAAGCAAAUAACCCCCGAGGCCUACCAGAUCUUCCUUCGUGCCAUUGGCUGCAACUGGCUUGUUUGCCUGGCAUGUUUCCUCGGCGUACAAGCAAAAGACUUGACGUCAAAGGUAGUUGGCAUGUGGAUUCCCAUCUUUGCCUUUGUGGCUUUGGGUUUCGAUCAUGUUGUCGCCAAUAUGUUCUUUAUGCCUUUGGGUAUCUGGAUGGGUACACCUGGCUUGACAGUUGGGCUUUAUAUAUGGAAGGGAAUGAUUCCAGCUCUCUUUGGAAAUAUCCUUGGAGGCAGCUUGUGCUGCGGUGUAUACUUUUGGUGGAUGUAUCUUGCAGACGUUGAUGACGAGGAACAACCUCAAGGCAAAGGCGUUUUGCAUAAUCAUGGACAUGACAGUCCUUCGGAUGAGGAGAGCCAGAUGGAGUCACGAUAA